AUGAUGGCGGCCGGCAUACAAGAAUCAGAUCGUAGCAUUCACCUCCGUUUUCUUCCCAUGUUCGGCCUCACCUGCUCGUUCGUAGGUGGAGCAUUUAGUCAACCAGCCUGGACAUUCGCAGACCUUGUGUUCCAAUCGACACAAACACGCAACAGCAUCUGGCACGGCAUGGAUGCUUCAUCAAGCACUCAGGGUGGAGCGCAAUCGACCCACACAUGUCGAUCAUGCGCUCAAACUUUUACGACGCAGAAGCAGCAAGCGCAUCAUCAGCGCAAGCGUCAUCAACAAGAGUCGCGGAUCACCAUCGGUCAAAGAAACUUUCUUUUAAAACGAGCGGCACUCGAUGGCAAAUUUUGCUGUCCGAUUUACGGCUGCAAGAAGCGCUACCCCAAGGCUGAGGGCGUGAGACGGCACAUCAGAGCAAAGCACAUGGCUAUGGCAGAGAAUACUUCUGCCGAGCUGGGCGGCAUGCUCAUUCACAGCCCUGCUUCGGAGAUCAACAACGCUCCAAAGUCGGUCAUUGGAGCGCCUAAACGCCGAUAUCCUCAUCAUCAAGUUUCCUUGGGCAAAAAUGCUGAUGCAUCGCGCGCCAAAAUGUAUCUGGAAUCGCUUGGUCUGGCUCUGGAUGAGUACGAGUGGAUACUGAUUUGCGGCAAGUGCGGGUACGCAUUGAGCGAACACCCAGCCCAGCACCUGAAGCGCCACUGCCUGAACGUAGAAGAUGCAGACAUAUCGCUUGCCAUGGACCUCAUCAAGGAAGCAACGCCACGAAAGGUACCCAAACUCGACAUGAACGGCUGCCGACCUGCGUACCCAUGCAUCCCAGUACAUCGGGGCUAUAGGUGUCCUUGCUGUACCUUUUGCUUUUCAACACGAGAAAGCCUGGUGCGACAUGAACAAUGCCAUGCUGGUGAUCCAGCCACCACUGAGGUGCCUCGAAAAGUCUGGAUGCAGCGGCUCAGGAAAGGAGGACUGGGCUCAAGCUAUGUGGAGGUCCAGCAACACAAGCCAUCCAAAAGACCUCAUGUGGACGCGCAAGCCUUUUCGCCUUUGCUCGAGGCUCAGAGAAAAAAGCACUUUGUUGUCAACUUGCGACGACUCCACCCGGUCUAUCAGACCCUGGGCCUUGGGGUACUGCUUGACCGAUUGGCACUCAACCAAUUCAGAGAGCUGGGAUUUAGCGAGAUCAACCCGACGCUAAUCACGUGCAUGCAUGGUCUCUUGUACAAGACGCACGAAAACACGUUACACGACACAGCGGCUCGCGAAGUUUUUGGACGACUAUACACCAAAUCGGGAAAUGUGCUUACGACCCGCUUUUAUCAAAAGGUCAUGCAGCAGAGCUACGAUCGCUACAUAAUUGUGGCUACGCGCUACGUGCAAUACCUCUUACGAGCACGGCGCCGUGACAGCCAGCUUCCUGGUCGAAUCAGUGACGAGCUGGCAAAAGCUUUGGACGACGUGGAAGUGGCCCAAGGUCAAAAUAACACUGCGCUAUCCGAGGCAUUGACCCACGUGUGGUGUGCCAUCCUUGAUGAAAGCACGGACAUGAACAACUUGGACUUGGAGUACUGUCCCACCAUCUAUAUCCUUUGCACGACGGUGCAAGCCAACAACACCUUUAAGCAGCCAAGCAGCUGGACGCCAACGCUGGCAGCUCUGUUGUGGAUCUGCCGCUUGUUCCUGCUCUUCCGCCGCCAGCUCGAUCCAAAUGGUCCUGGCGCGCUGACGGAUGAUACUGCUGUCAAGACGCGGUUGACGGAGGGCCGCAUUUGCUACUAUCUUGGUAGUAGAUUGACCUAUGUUCGCAAAUGCACCUCGGAGGAGGGCAAAUACGGUUCCUGGGUAGGCCAGGAUUUGAAGGACGCUGGCGGUCGUGACUUUUAUGCAAUGCUGCUGGAGCACAUCUUGGAAACUCCAGAGCUGGUCAAGGCGUUUACCAUGCCUAAUGCACCCGGCAAGUUCAGCGUGUGGCGGUGGAUCUGCUCCCUGCAAGAGUUUAAUCGCCUGGCAUUGACCUAUACACACCUGUCAACUGCCCCACCCAUGCAUGCGACGGUAUACACGAGCCUUUUUUAUCGUGACUCCUCCGCCAGCCCCAGAAAUGUCUUCUUCUCCGGCAACCGCUUGGCGUUUGUCGCGCAACAAGGCGAAGCUACAUUGAUCAGCAACCCCGAGUCGCAUGCUAUACACUACAUGGACGAGCGGACCAGUGCAAUUAUGAUGGCUUACCUGCUAUUGUGCAAGCCAUUGGAGGAGCUGUUUGCUAAUUACUUGCAAGAGCGAGGCGAAUUGAUCGCGUCCUCGGCAAUAGAUUCCAAUUCUUUGACGGAAGAGGAGCAAGAUGAGCUCGAGGCCGGCGCGAUGGAGGUCGAAGAUUCGGUCGCGCCAAACAUUUCCAGCCCUGCUGACGACCAGCACGCUGAUCUGCGAGCGGUCAAGCGUGUCGAACUGGAGGGCACGUAUGAGCUGCUAUUCAAUAUUGUGCCGAUGCAGCUCGAAAAACAGCUUCGACCAGGCCUAGUCUACCGAACCAUCCAGGCCGUGACCAAGCGAUUUCUUGGAACCAGCAUCACUGUCAGCGCAUGGCGGCACAUGAGUGUGGCCUGGCUGCGCACACUGGUGAUGCAUGAUGCCCCCGAGCUUUUAGGGGCGCUGGAUGUAACUCACUUUCAAAGCCAGCGUGCAGGUCGGACGGCACGCGACGUCCAAGGCCGCACGCAGCGCGACCACAAGGUUGCGUCAAGCGAAUCAGAGUAUGGCCACCAAUUUCUGUCCGACGAGUGGCGCAAGCUCAUCCAGCUGAUCAGCGGGAAAGCCAAAACUCAGACUGCAGAGCGCCGUCCAGGCCAAGUCUAUGCAGCCAUCCAGGCCGUGGCCAAGCGGUUUCUUGGAGCGAGCAUCACUGACAGUGCAUGUCAUAUGAGCGUGGCUUGGCCGCGUACACUGGUGUUGCAUCAUACGCCCGAGCCUUCAUUGGGGGCGUUGAAUGUGGCACACUCUCAAAGCCAGCAUGCAGGCAGAACGGCACGCAACGUCUAUGGCCGCACGCAGCUCGAUCACAAGUUUGUGUUCAGUGAAGCACAGUAUGGCCACCAGUUUGUGUCUGAAGAAUGGCACAAGCUCAUGAAGCUGGUAGAUGUAGAGGAUCAGAUCCAAGCCGAGGCCGUGGAUGGGCAGACCUGCGUGCAACAAGUGGUUCAUAAACAGGUGGUCAUCCAGUCGUCUCGGGUCAGAAACGUCAGCACACAGGUGCAAGCGACCGUGGGCACGCAAACAGAUCCCGAGGUUGAAGCCUGCCUUGAUGCUGAGGAUGACAUUGACGAUAUCAUUGCCGGGUUGGAUUUAGACGAAGCCGAGGCAGCCGAAUCGUCCAUGCCAGUUGCCGUGCCGCGAGCCGUGAAAGAGGCUGCGUCGACGGCCUUGCAGCAAGAGCCAAGCCAGCACAAUGACCAAACGCAACAACAAGAGUAUGAGGAUCAGAUUUGGCUAGCUCAAUGUGUGCGGCAAGCGUGGAAGACAACAUUUCGCGACUGGGAUCAGUAUCGAUUGGCACAGGCUAUGACUCGGCACGAGGCCCAGGACGGCUGGCUGUUGGCCGUGGCCCCGACUGGCAUGGGCAAGACGCUGUGUACACUCGCUCACCUCCAGCCACGCAGGGUCGUGGUGUGGGUAGUCCCGCUUCGUGAGCUUGCCAGAGACUUGUGCCGCCGCUUCAAGCAGGCUGACAUUGUAUCGCAGUGGGCUAAGAAUGAUGGCCGUGACAUGCAAGUCAACGUUCAAGUGAUUGUCAUGACGGUUGACUUUUUGGUUGGCCAUGGGAUGAGCUAUCGAGGGAGUCUUGUUCGCUGCCCAAGCCGGCUGGACCAUCUUCGCCAAGACCCAUCUGUCAAGUGUGUGGGCCUGACUGGCACGCUUUGCCCCAAAGAUGAGAGGGCUCUGCUCCAACAGCUGGAUUGCACGGAGGACGCUUUGUACCAGACCUUUCGUAUGCCAACCAUGCGAACCGAUCUUCGGCUAGCGGUGCAACAAGGAACAACAAAGGCAUUUGAGAUGUUUGUGGAACGCCACUACGGCCUGUUGGAGCAAGAGGGCCGCGUGGAUCGCAUGCUGAUUUUUUGUGACACGAAGAAGCAGGUUGAGGCAUUGUCGACUCAAUUGGCACGCACGUUGGGUCACGAGCAGUCGCUGUCCGUGGAUGCUGACAUGUCAGCCGAAGACACACGGGCGGCUCUUGAGCAGUGGAGGAGCGGCACGCAGAGUCUGGUCUUGGUGGCCACAAGCUGCUUGGGCGCGGGCUUGGACAUGCCCAACGUUCGGAAGGUGAUCUGGUUUGGCAGCGGCUACAACGGCUACACCUUGUCGCAGGCCUUUGGCCGGGCUGGCCGCGACCGACGGGGUGGCGAGGCCACGCUAUGGAUUCCACGAGGCACAGCGGUUUCGGAAGACCUGCGGCCAUUUGCAAGCAUGAAGCGCUGCCUGACCUUUGAGCUUGGUUGGCUGUUGGAUGGUGAGGGCCACAUUUGUGCGGCCGCAGGAGCGCCGGCGUGCACCGUCUGCUCCAUGAUGCAACCGACCAUCACAGCGCGCCAUCCAAGUCGUGAAGCACAUGGGGCGCCAGUAUCACACGAGGGCCAGACGCAGGCCAAACGAGCGCAGUUGAUG